CUCUCUUUUGCGUUUCUUUUAUUAAUGCUUGUAGACAAACUGGGGUUAUUUAGUUUCUUUUAAAAAUGUCAUUCUUGCGAGGCUCGUUGAAUUAUGUUUGGUGUACAACCAGCGUGCUGGGAAAAGGUGCAACCGGAUCUGUGUUCCAGGGAGUGAAUAAGACAACUGGAGAAUCCGUUGCCGUAAAAACGUUCAACCCGUACAGCCACAUGCGCCCUGCCGAUGUGCAGAUGCGCGAGUUUGAAGCUUUGAAAAAAGUAAACCACGAGAACAUUGUCAAAUUAUUAGCUAUUGAGGAGGAUCAAGAAGGACGCGGCAAAGUAAUUGUUAUGGAACUAUGCACGGGUGGAAGUUUAUUUAAUAUUCUCGAUGAUCCAGAGAACUCCUAUGGCUUACCCGAACAAGAAUUCCUCUUGGUGCUGGAGCAUCUAUGUGCCGGCAUGAAACAUUUGCGUGACAAUAAGCUGGUACAUCGGGACCUCAAACCCGGAAAUAUUAUGAAAUUUAUAUCUGAAGACGGUCAAACCAUAUAUAAGCUAACCGACUUUGGUGCUGCUCGAGAACUCGAGGAUAAUCAGCCAUUUGCUUCGCUCUAUGGAACUGAGGAGUAUCUGCAUCCCGAUCUAUAUGAACGGGCCGUGCUCCGAAAGUCUAUUCAACGGUCAUUUACUGCAAAUGUAGAUUUGUGGUCCAUUGGGGUAACGCUAUACCAUGUGGCUACGGGAAACUUGCCCUUUAGACCAUACGGCGGACGUAAGAAUCGCGAAACCAUGCAUCAAAUAACUACGAAGAAAGCCUCGGGAGUGAUAUCUGGAACACAGUUAGCCGAAAAUGGACCAAUUGAGUGGUCGACAACACUGCCGCCACAUGCACAUUUAUCGCAAGGAUUAAAAACGCUCGUGACUCCUCUGCUUGCUGGUUUAUUGGAGGAGAAUCGCGAGAAAACUUGGUCCUUUGAUCGAUUCUUUCAAGAAGUGACCUUAAUUUUGCGCAAACGUGUUAUCCACGUCUUCUUUACAAAUCGUACCACAUCUGUAGAGGUAUUUCUGGAGCCGAAUGAGCAGAUCGAUAACUUUAGAGAGCGAAUAUUCCUGCAAACCGAGGUACCAGUUGAAAAGCAAAUAUUGCUCUUCAAUAACGAGCAUCUUGAAAAGAAAGUCUCUCCCCAUACUAUUGCGAAAGCCUUUCCCAAGACAACAACGGAACACCCUAUAUUUCUCUACAGCAAUGACGAUAACAAUGUUCAAUUGCCACAGCAAUUGGAAUUGCCUAAAUUUCCAGUAUUUCCACCAAAUGUUUCGGUAGAAAAUGAUGCGAGCCUCGCAAAGGCUGCUUGCAGUGUGGGUCACGAAUGCAAAAGACGCGUAGAUAUCUUUACCACCAUGGAUAUACUCAUUAAAAAGGCAGUUGAGCAAUUCAUUGAGAUGUUAAUAACCACCAUUACUUUAUUGUUGAAAAAAACGGAAAGCUUUGACAAUCUGCUGUCCACCGUUGUAGACUACACAGAUGUUGUGCGCGUUAUGGCAAGUGUGACAAAGGGCGACCAGGAAUUAAAGACUCUUCUCUGUUCCCUGGAUGGCGUAAAGAGUGAAUUCGAUGGUGCGGCGGAUGUUAUAACCCAGAUGCACAAACAUUUUGUUACAGAUGAUGAGCUAAAUGACCAAUGGUCAUCUCUGAUGCAUGGCAAGAAAUGCCCUUGCCGUACAAGAGCUAGCGCGCAGGCAAAGUAUUUGGUGGAGCGCUUGCGUGACUCUUGGCAACAUUUGCUACGUGACCGUGCGACACGUACCCUAACUUACAACGAUGAACAGUUCCAUGCCCUAGAGAAAAUAAAAGUGGAUCAUAAUGGCAAACGUAUUAAGCAAUUGCUUUUGGAAAAUGUGAAUCCUGCUGUCGCUCAAAUGGCGGAAUGUCUGGCUGAUUGGUAUAAACUAGCGCAAACAGUCUACCUGAAGACUCAAAUAUUAGAGAAAGACGUGCGCGACUGCGAGCGUAAAUUACAUAGUAUUCGUGAUGAGCUCUACCACAUCAAAUGUGAACAGAAGCUGGAUGUGGAUACCAAAAAUAUAAAUAGCAACAACCAACUCACCAAAAUUGAGGAGCGCAAUCGGCUACGUAUUAUGAAGCAACAGCAAUUGGAAGUUAUGGCUGUAAUGAAAAGGAAUAGCGAGCUUAUAACUUUAAUAAAUAAAAUAGGUAUUUCCAACACCAAUAUCAACGGCAGCAUGAACUAGCGAACU